UGUUUUGUACCUAGAUAGUAAGUGCUGCAAAAUUCUAAACCUUGACAUUACCCGAGAUGAUUCCAUAGAUCAGUACAUCUAUCCACAGUUUCUUGUUCAACCAUUUAGGGUCGCAGCCUUGCUGAAUUUUAUCCUAUUUCAUUCAUUCAGUCUGUCAGUCAGUCAGUCGAUAGAAAGCAGGUGCCGAUACCCAUUCGUUCGAAGUUGUUGGAAUUAUUUGAAAUGAGUGUUGUCAGUGAGAAAGAGAAGGCAGAUCAGAAGGAAAUCAAGCCAAAGGAAAACGGCGAUAAAAGAUACUUCAAUGGAACUGUCAGGCUCAAAAAUCCUCAUCUCGAACUUAUGGAUCAGGAUAUUUUAUACCAUUUGGCUUUAGGCAGUGGGUCACAUGAUUUAGUUGAAAUGUUUGGAGAUGUUAAAUUCGUGUGCAUGGGUGGCACACCAAAACGUAUGGAAACAUUUGCGUAUUACAUCAUGGAAGUCAUAGGUCACAAAUUACCAACUGGUACUACCUUGUUAGACAUAAGUCAGUAUUCGUAUAGAUACAGCAUGUACAAAGUUGGACCAGUAUUAUCAAUCAGUCAUGGAAUGGGUGUACCUUCCAUAGGAAUCCUACUGCACGAAAUCAUAAAACUGAUGUAUCACGCUAGAGUUAGAGACCCCAUAUUCUUCAGAAUAGGAACAUGUGGAGGUGUUGGACAUGAGGGAGGAACAGUGGUUAUAUCUAACGACGCUGUAGAUGGUCUAGGAAACCAUUAUUAUGAGAUUCCAAUGCUUGGAAAGAAUGUCAAACGCCCUGCUGUGUUUGAUCAACAACUUGUCAGGGAGCUGAAGGCUUGCAUCGAUGCUGAGGAUCCUUAUGACACAGUUGUCGGAACAACAAUGUGCGCUAAUGAUUUUUAUGAAGGUCAAGGUAGAUUAGAUGGAGCUUUCUGUGACUAUAGCGAAGGGGAAAAAAUGGAAUACCUGCAAAAGUUGAAAGACCAAGGAGUAGUUAACAUAGAGAUGGAGUCUAUUCCUUUCGCAGCUUUGACUCACCAUGCCAACAUCAAAGCAGCUGAAGUUUGCGUAACGCUCUUAGACAGGCUGAAAGGAGAUCAAGUUAACGCUCCCAAGGAAGUUAUGAAUGAAUGGCAGAUCAGACCUCAGAAAUUAGUUGCUGCGUACAUCAAAAAAUACCUGCAAACUAAAGGUAGAUUACCUUCGUCUGGUCAUGGCCCUUGGUCUGUUAAAAGCCCUAGAAGGUUCAAGCUUGUGCAACAAGAAUCUGAAAUUAUUGAUUAAAUUAUCAGGCGCCAAAUUCUGACUCAUGUCAACAUUUUUUUCUAUAUCCGUUUCGUAUUGCAUUAGCACUGCCAUUGUCGCACAUUUUCCUGAAUUUUGUGUGAUAUUCAGUUGAUAAUCGAAUAUAUUUUAUAUGGAAAUUUGUAUGGGAAAAAUAUCUGCUGGAAUGUUUCAUGAAGAAAUACUGGUAUAAAUGACUGAAAUCGAACAGAAACAAUCGAAUAGACUUCGAAUGAUUGCUGCUUCAACAAUACUAGUUGGCGCACAAUUGAAUAGUGAAACUGAUAAUGACUUCUUCACAAAAAUUCUGAAAGACAUAUCUGAAAUCAUCUACUUUUUUCACCUAUGAAAUAUACUGCUAUCACAUAAUUCACCUCCAGCUAUCUACUUUGUAUCUAUAGAGAAAAAAAGCUUACCUGUGUUUUUCACAUAUGCUAAGAAGUAUUACUUAAAUGUAACAACUGUAAAUAUCAGCUAGAAUGAGAAGUAUUUGAGCUGUCUGAACACUCUGAAGACAUGAGUUACUUAUAUUUUUUUUAAUUUCAUAAUAUAAGAUAAGAUCUGUGUAUAAAACAUAUCUUCAAUUUUUUACGGAAAACCUGUAUCCAUUCUUUAUAUCUAUAUGCUUCAGGAAACGUGGUUUCACAAUAUAAUAUCACUAUCAAAAUUAAGAAUAAUUAUAAAUACACAAUAAUAUGUAAGAGGUGGGUAAAAAAAACGAAUUAUCCAAACAAACAUUAUUUCAAUUACUUUCAAUUCUUUUAUCGUUCAAUGCAUAUUUACAGGCUUAUUUUCUUUUAAAAUGAACGUAUCGUCAGAACAAGCAAUUCAUCUUUCUUCUUCUUUUUCUCUUACUUUUUCUUCGUUAGUUUUUCAAUUAUUGUGACAUUGACUUAAAACUUCCCUUUUUAGGCAAUAUAUGUCCGAAGAAAUGAGUUUCUCUUAACCAACUUUUAUUGGAUCUUCGUUUCAAGAAACCUAGUUGGCCGAACAUCCCAACAUGGUGUCAUUUUAUUGUAUUAUUUAUUUAUUUUUCUUUUUUUUUGAAUAAAAAUUUAUUUUGUGAA